AUGAGUUAUAUGAAGAAAGAUGAGGACGCCGACCAGACUAUGAUCAAGCUGGAUCGCACCUCCGUGUUCCAAGAUGCACGGUUGUUCAAUACCUCGCCGAUCUCCCCUCGACAAUGCCGUACCCUCCUGACCAAGAUUGCGGUGCUCCUGUUCACCGGGGAGCAAUUCCCGACGAACGAGGCCACCACCCUUUUCUUCGGUAUCUCGAAAUUGUUCCAGAACAAGGAUCCCUCGUUGCGACAGAUGGUCUACCUUAUCCUGAAGGAGCUGGCAAACACCGCAGAGGAUGUGAUCAUGUCGACUAGUAUUAUCAUGAAGGACACCGCGGUCGGUAGUGAUGUUGUCUACCGUGCGAAUGCCAUCCGUGCCCUGUGCCGCAUCAUCGAUGGUACUACGGUACAAGGAAUUGAGCGUUUGAUCAAGACCGCUAUUGUCGACAAGACCCCGUCUGUUUCCUCCGCCGCCCUGGUCUCCUCCUACCACCUCCUUCCGAUCGCCCGCGAUGUUGUCCGCAGAUGGCAAAGUGAGACGCAGGAAGCCGCUUCGUCUUCGAAGCAGUCGACCGGCUUCCUUGGUUUCGGCGGCAGCUCCCAGGCCCAUGCCAUCUCUCAGUCCAACUUCAUGACCCAGUACCAUGCUAUUGGUCUCCUGUACCAGAUGCGCUCGCACGACCGGAUGGCUUUGGUUAAGAUGGUCCAGCAGUAUGGCGCUGCCGGUGUGGUGAAGAGCCCCGCUGCGCUGGUCCUGCUGGUGCGGUUAGCGGCCAAGCUGGCUGAGGAAGACCCGGGCCUGAGGAAGCCUAUGAUGCAGAUGCUUGAUGGCUGGCUCCGACACAAGCACGAGAUGGUCAACUUCGAAGCGGCCAAGGCUAUCUGCGACAUGCGCGAUGUUAGCGACGCCGAGGCCUCCCAGGCGGUCCAUGUCCUGCAGCUGUUCCUGUCCUCUCCCCGGUCGAUCACCAAGUUCGCCGCGAUCCGUAUCCUCCACAACUUUGCCAGCUUCAAGCCGCACGUGGUGAAUGUGUGCAACCCCGACAUCGAGUCGCUGAUCUCGAAUUCCAACCGCUCCAUUGCCACCUUUGCGAUCACCACCCUGCUCAAGACGGGCAACGAGGCCAGCGUCGACCGCCUGAUGAAGCAGAUCUCUGGCUUCAUGGCCGACAUCACGGAUGAGUUCAAGAUAACCAUUGUUGAGGCUAUCCGGACGCUCUGCUUGAAGUUCCCCAGCAAGCAGGCUGGCAUGCUGGCUUUCCUGAGUGGAAUCCUGCGGGAUGAGGGUGGCUACGAGUUCAAGCGUAGCGUUGUUGAGAGCAUGUUCGACCUGAUCAAGUUUGUUCCCGACAGCAAAGAGGAUGCGCUUGCUCACCUCUGCGAGUUCAUCGAGGACUGCGAAUUCACGAAGUUGUCCGUCCGUGUCCUGCAUCUUCUCGGUGUGGAAGGCCCCAAGACUUCGCACCCUACCAAGUAUAUCCGCUAUAUCUAUAACCGGGUGGUUUUGGAAAACGCCAUUGUUAGGGCUGCCGCUGUCACGGCUUUGGCUAAGUUUGGUGUGGGACAGAAGGACCCCGAAGUCAAAUCGAGUGUCUCUGUUCUUCUCACUCGCUGCCUGGAUGACACCGAUGACGAGGUCCGUGACCGUGCUGCUCUCAACCUUCGGUUGAUGUCUGAGGAGGACGAGGCCGCGUCGGCGUUCAUCAAGAACGAUUCCAUGUACUCGCUUUCUACCUUUGAACAUCAGCUCGUCAUGUACGUGACGUCAAACGACAAGUCAACAUUCGCCGCCGCAUUCGACGUGGCUACGGUCCCCGUCGUUACGCAGGAACAGGCCUUGGCCGAAGAGCGGACCAAGAAGCUCACGACCGCAACGCCCACGCUCAAGGCUCCGUCGACCGGACCUCCCAAGGGCAAGGCCAACGGUGUGGCCGAGGCCGCUACUGCCGCUGCCACUCAGAAGUACGCCGAGCAGCUCAUGCAGAUCCCCGAGCUCAAGGAAUACGGAACGCUGCUCAAGUCCUCUGUCCCCGUCGAACUUACCGAGAGCGAGACGGAAUACGUCGUCACGGCAGUCAAGCAUGUCUUCAAAGAGCACAUUGUCAUCCAAUACGAUAUCAAGAACACCCUUCCCGAUACUGUGCUGGAAGACGUAACUAUCGUUGCGGCGCCGUCCGAGGAGGAUGUCCUGGAAGAGGAAUUCAUCGUCCCUGCACCCAAGCUUCCCACCAACGAACCCGGCAUCGUGUAUGUUACGUUCAAGAAGCUUGCCGGCGAGAACAGCGUUGCUGUCGCCUCGUUUACGAACGUCUUGAAAUUCACCAGCAAGGAAAUCGACCCCACGACCGGCGAGCCCGAGGAGGGUGGAUACGAGGACGAAUACCAGGUGGAAGACUUGGAACUUACGGGCAGCGACUAUGUCAUUCCUACAUUCGCCGGCAGCUUUGACCAUGUUUGGGAACAGACCGGUGCCAACGGUGAGGAAGAGAGCGAAACCUUGCAACUCAGCAACAUGAAGGGUAUUUCAGAUGCUACGGAACAACUCAUCUCCACGCUCUCCCUGCAGCCCCUUGAAGGCACGGAUGUGGCACUGAGCAACAGCACCCACACUCUCAAGCUGUUCGGCAAGACCGUGUCGGGCGGCCGAGUGGCAGCUCUGAUCAAGAUGGCAUUCUCCAGCAAGGCCGGCGUGACAACGAAGAUCACCGUCCGGGCCGAGGAAGAAGGCGUCGCGCCUGCCGUGAUCGCAUCCCUGACUUGA